AUGGAUCGGGUGGGCCUCCUCUCAAGCUGGACUGCCGCCUCUGAUCCCUGUGACAAUGAGUGGGCAUUUUUGUCCUGCAACUGCUCCUCUGUGUAUCCUGCCCUCAGCGCAGCAGAGUGCAGCAGAGUCACAUUGGACCCCAGUAGCCGGCGGGUGCUUGUGCUAGAGAUCGGCCCCAUUGUCAGAACCCAGGGACGCCAGCUUCAAGGCUCCAUCCCAGAUGCUCUGGGGAACCUCACAGAACUGCGCACACUUGACCUCCAUGGCAACAACCUCGGGGGGACGCUGCCGGAGGCUCUGGGAAAGCUGACGAAUUUGAGGCAGUUCAUCCUGUCAGGCAAUGCUCUCGGAAAUGCAGGUUUGUGUGGCAACAUCCCUGGCUGCCUGCUGUCACGCAUACCCGACCUGACUGGCACAUCCCUCAUGGACCCAACAAACACAUCCAGGAAUGCAAAUGGCGGUUUCUGCGAUGAUGCACCCCCGGAGUGUGACCCUGCCAUGGGCUGUGGGAUCUUGGUGCCUCCGUACUGGACAAGCGUCAUGGCUGUGGCAUUUUCCUUCACACCCUUCACAGACAAUGCGUCAGGCAUCAGGGAAUAUGAGUGGGGCUUGGGCUCACAAGCUGGCCUUGAUAAUGUGGUGCCAGAGGUGGGCAUAGCAGGCAAGGUGUUCAGCAACAUGACGCUGCAAACACAGAAUGUUUCAACGCCCUUUCAGAGCCUGCUGAAUGGCAUGAGCUACUUCGUCUCUGUGAGAGCCACCAACAAUGGCGCGCAGCGCCUGACUGCAACUACCACCAGCGCCGCAGUCAAGGUGGACCAGACAGCGCCCAUGAUGGAGAACCAGGGCCAUGUCUACAACUCUCUAGACUGCAAGACCUCCUUGACACAGACUGACACCAUAAAGUUCUGGAUAUGCUGGGACCCAUUUGUGGACAAGGAGUCUCCCAUCACCUCCUACUCUUAUCAAGUCUAUAAUCUUGUCGGCAACAAGUCUGGGAGUGACGAGGACAUGCCAAUCACAUCUUCCGUCCCGGUCAGCCUUUCUACCAUGGAAGCGGUGGUGGUUGGCCUGCAGCUCAAGGUGGGCAGCUCUUACUAUGCAAGGGUGCGUGCGUUAAACGCUGCCGGGCUAGAGGGGUUUGAGGAUUCACAGCCGAUCAGAAUUGAGGAGCAGAGCCGCAGCCUGCCGCCAGAGAAGGUGGCCGGCAUUGUCCUCGGUGCUGUCUUUGGCACGGGGAUCCUCGUGGCUGCCCUCACCAUCUACCUCACUCGCAGCUGGACGCAAGCCAGUUGGCUGCAGAGGCGGCAGGCACGUGACAGGGCGAAGCAGCUGAAGAGCCUGAUGUACGGGCUGAUGGCGCACAUGGGCGACGGCAGCAAGCGCGCCAUAGACGACCUGUGCAACGCGCGCGAGAUGGCCUUCGUGGUCACCGACCUGGAGAGCUCCACCGCGCAGGCCUCCGCCAGUGCCGCCGCCUUUGCCAAAGUGCAGGAGAUCCACGACACGGUGUUGCGGGAAGCGAUUGCAAAGCACGGCGGGUACGAGAUAAACACGGAGGGAGACUCUUUCCACGUCGCGUUCAAGAGCGUGGUGGAGGCGAUCGGCUUCUGCAUGGACGCCCAGUACAAGUUGUUAGAGACCCCCUGGACCCGCGAUGUCCUCCGACUGCCCACCUGCAGGGAGGUUGUGUCGGCUGACGGUGUGGUGGCAUUCCGGGGGCCGCGCCUGCGCAUGGGCGUCCACUUUGCUGCCGAGGGCACCGUCGCUCACAGGCACGCCUCACCAGACACCCCUCCCUCUUUGUGUGGGUGCAGGCUGCACCUGCUGACAAAGCACCGGGUGUUCAGCGGCCCGGGCUUCCAGCUGGCACAGGAGUUGGGCGAGGCAGCCAAUGGGGGCCAGGUGCUGCUGUCACAGGAGGCCUGGGUGCGGCUGCGCGGCAGCAUGUUUGCCGCGGGCUUCCCUGUUGUGGACCAGCUCGGCCUCUACAAGCUCAAUGCCUGGCCAGUGCCCAUCUGGGUGUACCAGGUCAGGCAGCUGAUGACUCGGCCGCUGUCCCGGACAUUUGGGCCGCUGCGCAAGCUUGAGCUCGUCGAGCCGGGGGCCGGCUUCAAUGUCACGCCGCCACCCCACCUGGGCGAAGCCAAGGUGGUGACCUUUGUGGCGGUGCGACUGGCGCUGACGGAGCAGCAGCGGGAGAAGCUGCUGGCGCCGCCGACGUCAUCACGACUAAAGCUGAGCUCGGGAGGGCGUCCGCACGACCUGCUGGACACUGCGCCGGCGACGGCCAGGAAGCUGCAGGACAUCGUGGCCAUUGUGGCGCAGCAGUUCAACGGCUAUGUCUUCAACCUGCAACCGGGAGAGGGGCGCUGCAUGGUGUGCUUUGGCGCGGCGUUGGACGCGGUGCGCUUCUGCCACGCGGCACAGGUGGCGCUGCUCUUCCAGCGCUGGCCCUCCGACUGCACAGCUGUUGUCGGCCCCACGCAGCUCACCCCCGACAACCGGCCGCUCUUCGCCGGGCCGCGCGUCGCCAUGGCCGUCCACACCACACCCGCCCACGAGGAGGAUCUGGCAUCAAAGCCGCUGAAGGGCCCAGAGGUUGCCGACGCGGGCUUGGACGGCAGCGGGGAAAUUUUCACAGAGCGCCUGGCGGACGUGGUGUGCGGCGGUCAGGUGGUGCUGUCAGAGACCACCUGGUCCGCCAUACAGGACCAGAUCCCCGGCCAAUCCCAGGUGAUCAGCCUGGGGGUGCACGUGGUGCAUGAGGCGUUCCCUGGCGCGAUGCUGCUGAUGGAGCUGAUGCCGUCGCUGCUGGCGCGGCGCUCCUUCCCGCGGCCGGCCACCCAGCACUGCCUCGAGCCGGGCUUCCGCGACUCGCCCCACCCCUCAGCCGUCGCCCUCGUGUUCGUCAGGGCGGCCAAGCCAGCGACGGUGGUGGCGGCUGAGAGCAGCGCAGCGGAGGUGGAGGGGGAUGUGGUGGCCACAAUAGAGGCAUACAACCUGGCGCUGGGCCGCUACACGCGCACUGUGCGCGCGACGCUGCCGCACCAUGGCGGCUACGAGUGCAAGGAGCCCGAGCCCGGCAAAUUCACCCUCGCCUUCCCGACUCUGGAGGCGGCAGUGCGGUGGUGUGCGGAGCUGCAGCUGGCAUUGCUGGACCUGGAUUGGCCAGAGUCGAUUCUGCGGUGGCCCGACUGCGCCCCAGAGGCCGACGCUUCCACCGGCGGCCUGCUCUUCCGCGGCCUGCGCGUGCGCAUGGGCAUGGCCUUCGGCCGCGCUCAGCACCGCAAGCCCCUCAACACCGGCAGGCAGCGUGUAACGAUCAAUGGGAGUGACUACGCAGGGAGGGCGGAUUACUACGGCGCGCUGGCGAAUCUGGCGGCGCGCGUGUCAGCGCUGGCGGCUCCGGGGCAGAUCCUGGUGGAGGGCAGCGCGGGGUUCCGCAACGAAGCCGCCUGGCAGCGCCGGGACGACGGCUGGGCGCUGCUGCCGCGGCCGGACCGGCCCAAGGACGAGUCAAUCGCGGAUGUGCCCAUCGAGCUCGAACAGCUCGGCUACUACAUGCUCAAGGCAAGCGGCAUGGACGAUGCAAAGCUGAUCUUUCAGGCGGCGCCGGCCGGCCUGAGCGGGCGCAACUUCGCGCCGCCGAGCGCAGCCAUGCGCGUGUCGUACAUUCCACGCAACCGCAUGCGCUUCUCCGUUACGUCCUCUUUCGUUUCCGGCACCAGCGGCUCCGGCGACUCGGGCCACUCCUCGGGGCUCCUGUUCCCCACCAAAAUUGGCCACAUGCUGCGGCUGCCCGCCCGCUCCUCCUCUCAUUCCUGCAAGGUGAAGAGGGCGGCCAAGUCGCAAUCAGCGCUGCGCACGCGCUCCUUCCGAGGCGCGGAGCAGUCCGCCCCCUCCGAGCUCGUCAUCCACCGGUCUCAUCCGAGCAGCGCAUCGCCGUGGGGCAGCUUUGCGGAGGCGAUGUUCCGGCGAGUGCGCAGCUUGGGGCAGCCGCGAUCCCCGUCGGCGGCCGGCCGCCCGCGCCGCGGCCGCAUCAGUCAGGACCUCGAGCUCGGCAGCCCCUUCGACGACGCUGCGGUGAGGGAUGCCUUGCCGGGCUAUGCAGCACGGCGGCACUCAGCGCAAGAGAGACAGAUGUCGGCGGAUGAUGUGAUGGUGCCUGUGGCGCUAGAGGCGGCGUCUGAGGAAGGGUCGCCCAUGAUAUCUCCCUCGCCCUCCGGCAGCCUGCACUACGCCGAGGCAUCCUCGCCGUCUGGGUCUGUGCGGCAACCUGGGACAUUCAUGCGGACGAGGCGGGCGGAGUGGGAGGAGCCGUCAGCCAGCAGCAGCUUUGACGAAGCUGCGCCGGCGGCUGCGGCGGGGCCAGCAUCGGGUCUGGUCGCGCGCAUGGCCGUGCAGCGCUCGGGGGCCGGGCAUCCGCUCAACCGCUCCUGGAGCGCGUCUGACCGUGCCGGCCCAUCCCCGCUCUCCGAGGCCAGCGGGCCCUCCGGUGGCGUGCAGACGUCGCUGUCAGCGCCAAUGUACGCGGGCGAUACAGAGCGUCUGCGAGGCGGUUGCCAGUCGAACGACCCCGAGCGGCCGCCCAUGCACCCAUGCUCUGCCGGCAACAGCUUCACAACAAUGGACACGAGCCGCGCGCAGGUGGAGAAUGCGGCGUACGCGCGCGAGGUAGCUGAGCUGUUUGCGUCCAGCCGCCGCAGCAUCAGCGCCGCGCAGCUCGACGCAGCCGCGCGCUCCGCUUCCGGCUCAUUCACCAGCGCGCCCGGUGUCAGCGCCUUUGCGCGCGCACGCUCGGCCAGCACCGGGCCCCCGGCCGGCGCGGCCGCCCCGCAGUCCCUGGAUUCCCAGUUGUUGCGGCAGCAGCAGCAUCCCAGGAGCUUCAGCACGGGGGCGAUAAAGCGAGAGGAGCUGGCCGCAGCUGAGCAGGCGCUGUCGGGUCCUAGAUCCAAAUCUGUGGAGGUUGAGGCGUUAGGCAGAAAGCGCAGCAUCACAUGGAGGGACCGGAUGGGGCUGUCCUCGGCUCCGCUCAGCAGCUCGUCAAAGGAUGCACCUGUUGAGGUGUGCUCCAGAGAGCGCAGCUACCAGGGCUCCCUGCCAGACGUCCACGAAGAGAUGGAGAUGUCAGGAGCGCAGCUGGCCGGGACAUUACCUAGGAAGCUGGCUCCGGACCGUGAAGACAAAUAA